AACCAUCAACCCCCAGCCAGCAAAAUGUACAAGUUUUUGGUCAUCGCCGCCCUGAUUGCCUGCUCCGCGGCCAAGCCCGGUGUGGUGGCUCCUCUGGCCGCUGCUCCUUUGGCCUAUGCCAAUGCCCCGCUGUAUGCCGCCGGCGGCAGCAGCCAGGUGGAUGUUCGUAACAACUAUGAUGGCACCUUGUCCUCCUACACCACGGCCCCCUUCGAGUUCACCGCUCCCUACUCCAGCCGCUAUGUGUCCGGCAUCCCAGCUGCUCCCGCUGUAGUGGCCAAGUAUGCAGCUGCUCCCCUGGCUGCCCCAGUGGCUGCUCCCCUGGCUGCCCCAGUUGCUGCUCCUCUGGCUGCUGCUCCCUACACCGCUGCUUAUGCCGCUCCUUAUGCUGCUCCCUAUGCUGCUCCCUAUGCUGCUCCCUACGCCGCUGCCUACUCCGCCUAUCCCUACGCCUCGCCCUACCUGGCAUCGCCCUACACCGCUCCCUUCGCCGCCGCUGCCCCCGCUCCAGUGGUGGUCUAAGGACGCACCUGUGAACCAAGACAAU